AUGUUCUCCACUGGUUUACUAUGGAACAGCAGAGAGAAGAUCUUUAGUGUUGGCUUUAAGGGAGUCCUUGACACACUGCAACUCAGGGAUGCCUAUUGUUCCUAUACCUGUAUGAUCGCAGGACUUGGAGGAGGAAGAGAUCAUGUGAUCAAACCCACUCAUUUUCCAGGUGAUGAAACAGAGGCCAUAAAGGGUGACUUCCCCAAGAGGGCGGGGCUGGCUGGAGGUUUAGAGAGCAGGAGUGCGAGGAGAAACACUGGGAGGAGGCGAGACAGGCAGCCCAGUGCUACAAGAGGCUGGAGCCCGCACUGGUCAGGGCUCCUGGCACCGAGAGGACGGAGGCCAGCUGCCUGCCAGCGUCUAGGCUUUGUUAAACUCCCUCUGCCCACCAUGAGCUUGAAUCCCUGCUGCUAUUUCCCAUGUCAACAUAAAGGUGUCUGUGUGCGCUUUGGCCUAAACCACUACCAAUGUGAUUGCACGCGAACUGGCUACCAUGGCCCCAACUGCACCACCCCGGAGCUAUGGACUAGAAUCCGGGAAGCCCUACGCCCCAGUCCUUCCUUCUACCACUUCAUCCUGACCCAUGGUCGGUGGAUCUGGAACAUUAUCAACUCUACCUUCUUACGAGAUUUUCUCAUGAGGCUUGUGCUUACAGUUCAAGCAAACAAGAUUCCCAGCCCACCUACCUACACCUCGGAACAUGGCUACAUCAGCUGGGAGUCCUAUUCAAAUUUGAGCUUCUAUACUCGGGUACUAGCUCCUGUACCUGAAGAUUGUCCCACUCCCAUGGGGGUCAAAGGGAAGAAACAACUGCCAGACCCAGAGUUGCUGGCUCAACGCUUCCUGAUGCGGAAUGAGUUUGUGCCUUCACCUCUUGGGACCAAUCUUAUGUUUGCCUUCUUUGCCCAGCACUUCACCCAUCAAUUCUUCAAGACAGCUGGCAAGAUGGGCCCUGGCUUCACCAAAGCCCUGGGCCAUGGGGUGGACCUUAGCCACAUUUAUGGAGACAGCCUGGAGCGCCAGCACCAACUCCACCUCUUUGAGGAUGGGAAGCUGAAGUUUCAGAUGGUGGAUGGGGAGAUGUAUCCGCCAUCAGUGGCUGAGACUCACGCAUACAUGAAGUACCCUGCAAAUGUGCCUGAAACCCAACAGAUGGCUGUGGGCCAGGAGGUGUUUGGGCUGCUCCCAGGCCUCAUGAUGUAUGCUACAAUCUGGCUUCGGGAACACAACCGUGUCUGUGACCUCUUGCAAGCUGAGCACCCCACCUGGAAUGAUGAGCAGCUCUUUCAGACGACCCGACUCAUCCUCAUAGGGGAGACCAUCAAGAUCGUCACUGAGGAUUAUGUGCAGCACCUCAGUGGCUACUUCUUGAAGUUGAAGUUUGACCCAGAAAUGCUUUUUGGAGUCCAGUUUCAGUAUCAAAACCGCAUCUCUGUGGAGUUUAACCAUCUCUACCACUGGCACCCUCUCAUGCCUGACUCCUUUGUGGUGGGACAACAGGAAUACAGCUAUGAGCAGUUUGUGUUCAACACCUCCAUGCUUUUGGACUAUGGUGUGGAAGCCCUGGUGGAAGCCUUCUCCCGACAGAGGGCAGGCCAGAUUGGUGGGGUCAGGAACAUCAACAGCAAUGUGUUAGAUGUGACUGUGAGCACCAUUAAGGAGUCACGGGAGCUGAGGCUACAGUCCUUCAAUGAAUACCGUAAGCAGUUUGACUUGAAACCCUACACCUCCUUUGAGGAGCUCACAGGAGAGAAGCAGAAUUCAGCAGAGCUGGAGGAGCUAUAUGGAGACAUUGAUGCCUUGGAGUUCUACCCAGGCUUACUUCUAGAGAAAUCUCUGCCUAAUUCUAUCUUUGGGGAGAGCAUAGUGGAGAUUGGGGCCCCCUUCUCCCUCAAAGGGCUCUUGGGGAACCCGAUAUGCUCUCCUGAUUACUGGAAGCCAAGCACAUUUGGUGGUGAGACUGGCUUCAAUAUUGUCAAGACAGCCACAUUGCAGAAACUAGUUUGUCUCAAUGUCCAAGUAUGUCCCUAUGUCUCAUUCCGUGUGCCUGACUUAGACCAAGCAGACGAGUAA